AAUAUUUUUUCAUUUGCGUUUUGACACCGUGAGUCCGUGUUCGACAUGUUCUUGUUAAAGGUAGCCAGUGUAAUAGCAGUGCUUCAGAGUGUCCAAGGAGGCUAUAACUACUGGAAACCAGAUGUAAGGUUGGAAUUACCGGCCAACCCUAACUUUGUUCAACAAACACAAAAUGGAUUCUCAAACCCAUUCGAACAAAAGAUAUCCUCUUCAUUAUCGUACAAGGAUUAUAAUUUUUCUCAACAGCAGAAGUACAGUGAUAUAAGAAAUAAUAUUCAUAAUUACCAAGAUAAUAUUUUACAUCAUAACAUCAGAACAAAUCCGACUGAUACGCAGUUUGUGCCAAUAGGAAACGAAAUGAAUUCUAAUGUUUUUGCGGGAACAACUAACCGACUUUUUAGUAAUAGCAACGAUGCGUAUAUGCCUUUAUUGGGUCAGGGUCACGAGAUUCUCACACAUCAACCGCCAACAGCGAUAAACGCGCAAAACGUUCAGAAUUUACAUUUGGUACCUAAUUUAAUUAACGCUAACAGUAACAUAGCUACAAAAUUUGGAUUCCAAAAUGUUCACGUGCAAAAUAAUUUACCAAUGAAUGUGAACAAUCAACCACCAUGUAACGGGCAGAAUAACCAAAAUUUAUUUGAAAAUAGUGCUUCAUCAUCAAGUUUUCAAAGUGACGUGCCUAAGUUUUUGAAUUCUCAGAGUGUUUCAACUUAUCAUAGUAUAUACAACCCGAUUGAUUUAAAUCCUAAAUCUCAGGAUAUUAAAAAUACAUCUCCGAGUGCAUCACAGGGUUCACCAGUUAUAACGAAAAACAUUUAUUUUCACGUACCACCCCCCGAGUUUGAGGAGCCUCCAAUUGUACCGGCAACUGAGCAGCCAAAAAAAACCUUUAAGAUCAUAUUAAUAAAAUUGCCAAGUCAGUCUAGAAACACAGCAGCAUUGGACACGGCUUAUAAUAAAUGGGGUGUUAGUGACGAUAAGACCUUGAUAUAUGUUUUAGUGAAUAAUCAGGAUAAGUCUUCUCAAUUGCCAUCAUACAGACCCUCAGAACACGAAGUCCUGUUCGUUAAAUAUAAAGGAAAAGAUGACUCGUCGAAAGUAUGAAGUCUCUAUUGAGAGGUAUUUGUUUAAAUAAGUAAAGCAAUGCGAACUCUUCACUGGAAUUACCCUUAUAAGAUAUAAUUCUAGAUUCAUUUUGAUUAUGUUAAUGUAUAGUGAUGCUAUAGAGUUAUAAAAAUGUGAUUUAAGUUCAGCAAUGCUAUAUCCAUAAAUAUUUAUUUAUAAUUGAUAUUGUCUUUUAAUUCAAUUGUAUUUUAAAUAUUGAGUGUUGUUAAAAACUACUUUAAUUUUAUAUAGUUAUAUUGAGUAUUAAAUAUUUAACGAAAGGUAUGUAAGAUAUUCUCGGAGGACAUUCUGAAAUGUGCUAGAAAUAAUAAUUAUAAUAGUAGUUCAGCAUACCUCUUAAUUUGUACAUUAGUUGUAAUUGAAAUAUCAUUAUGUUAUAUAUACUUAUGUUAUAGUAUGUUUUUCUUUUUAAUUACCUCAAAUAAUGAAGGAUAGGAACGGAGAAACAAAAUAAAUUUAUACGUACGUUUUUAAUUUCGAGACGGUAUAAAGGUUGUUUCCACUUGGAUAAUUCUGACAAGUAAUUAGACACCAGAUGCUUUAAGACAAAUUACAAUAUAACGAUUUUAAGAAUAGAAUUGAUUAAUUACAACUUUAUGUCUGUGGGAGUGCUGGAGUUAAUGUGCGAAUAAAAUAAAAACAGUAAUCCUCUUAACAAAUUUUAUGUAAUAGGAUAUUUCGAAAUAACAAACAUUUUUCUCACUAAUGAGUUUUUAGGCCUGGCUCUUCACACACACAAACAUUCCCUUAAAGCUC